GACAGAAAAAGUACAGUAAGUUUGCUGAGUGAUAUCCGACUGUUACCUUCGAAAACAAACCAAAAAAUGUCAAGUCAAAUUGCAAAUACCGCGCGACCUAGUUCUGCCAAAGUCUUUACAUUAGUUAAACGUUUCGAGGGAUUGCCAAAAGAAACCGAUUUGAAAUUGGAGGAGGAGGAACUUCCGCCCCUGAAGGACGGAGAAUUUCUUGCCGAAGCUGUGUACUUAAGUGUUGAUCCUUACAUGAGAGGCCAAUCCGCCCGCUUAGAAUUUGGAGAAACAUUCAUAGGUUCACAAGUUGCUAAAAUCAUCGAAUCCAAAAAUCCUAAGUUCCCAGUGGGCAUACAUGUAGUUGGUGAAUUCGGUUGGAGAACCCAUACAAUUUCUACAGGAGAAAAAAAACCCCGUGACUUUGCAGGAGUAUGGCUGAUACCAGAUUUUGGAGAACUUCCCUUGUCCCUAGCUUUGGGAAUGUUGGGAAUGCCAGGCAACACCGCCCACUUUGGGCUGCUGGAAUUAUGUCAGCCUAAACCCGGUGAAACCGUCGUCGUGACGGGAGCGGGCGGGGCAGUAGGCAGCACCGUGGGACAAAUAGCGAAAAUCAAGGGGUGCAAGGUCAUCGGCGUGGCGGGAUCAGACGAAAAGGGAAAGUGGUUAAUGGAGGAUUUAGGAUUCGACCAUUUCAUCAAUUAUAAAACGGACGAUGUAAGGCAGAAGCUCAAGGAGUACGCACCUAAUGGGGUAGAUUGUUAUUUUGACAACGUAGGUGGAGAGAUAAGUAAUACUAUCAUGUCCUCCAUGAAUACGUUUGGAAGGAUUUCAGUAUGUGGAGCUAUAUCUGCAUCUAAUGAGAAAAGUACCCCAAAAGCAUCCAUUGUUCAGUUGCUGUUAGUGGGGCAUGAGUUAAAAAUGAGAGGCUUCCUAGUCAACAGAUGGAUAAAGAGAUGGUUUGAAGGUAUCGAACAAAACAAAACUUGGAUACAAGAAGGAAAGUUAAAAUAUCGCGAGACUGUGACAGAGGGUUUUGAAAACAUGCCUAAAGCCUUCAUUGAUAUGUUUAAUGGCGUAAAUUUCGGAAAAGCUAUUGUCAAAGUCUAAUGACAGUUAACUUUUUU